AUGGAGAAUGAAGCGAAGCUAAAGACAACACAAUGCACGCCAUUAAUUCGCAAAUCAUAUCGCCAGUCAAGGCGCCGUCCCGCCCACUUACGGACAAAAACCGGUUGCUUAACAUGCCGAAAGAGAAAGAAAAAGUGUGAUGAAACCCGGAUACAGUGUAAUAAUUGUGUCAACCGGAAUUUAGAUUGCGUCUGGCAAUGCAAUGAUUCGAUACACCAUCAACCAAACAAGCAAUCUCCCUCUACUAGCGACUGUGCCCGCAGCGACCAUGACACAGAGGCAACACUACUCCUGGAGAGGUCAUACCCCGCGCAAUAUGGUGCAAAUAGCGAGUGCAACGAAAUGCCACAGCAAGCGGGGAACGACGCGAGAUCUAGAGCUCUGUUGUCAAAAUCGGCAAUCCUGCCGAACGGCAGCGAAUUGCCACGACGUACUCAACCGUUGCUUCCCAAUAACAGCCUCUAUGGCCAAUCAAUACACAAAGACCUUCCUUACUCACCGGCCACCACUAGGCGAAGCCGACCCCUUGUCCAAUUCUUGAUCUCCACUUUUGUUCCUCAACUGAUCCGACCCACAAUGAACGAAUACACUGGCGAAGUGUUGACUGGUCGGACGCUGGCCUUGGCCUUUGAACAUCCUUUCUGUAUGCAUGCAUUGCUUGCCUGUUGUGGCGCGGAGAUCCCCACCGAAAAUCCCGAAUAUCGUGCACUUGCUCGAUUCCAUUAUACUCACGCCGUCACUGGACUUCGAAAGAUUCUGGAUAAUGGAGUCCACGAAUGCCAAUGGGUCGUCACACUGCUGUGCAUCAUGAUGUUAUGCAUAUACGAGCGUUCUAAGCAGAAGACAUCACCAGGAGUUAGUAUACACCUUGCGGGGGCUGCACAGUUGAUACGUUUGCAUGCGCACAUCCACAGUGAUGGUGUUGCAUCCCCCAGUGUGGAUCAGGCUAUGUAUCGACUCGUCCGCGAAUCAUUCAUCUUCCAUGUUACGACUAGUCUUCCCUUUCGAGACGGAAUUAUUACUGCUCGAUCCCCUCCCUCGACAGACGACUCGUGCUAUUUUGAAAUCGAAUCGGCACUUUCUUUAGCGGAAGAAGAGAUUCGAGAGAAUUUCUGCGCUGAGCAGAUUUUUCACCCAUAUUCUCCAGUUCUUGGGUUUCCACCGCGACUUUUUCGAUGUAUAUACACCGUGUGGCGAUUGUAUCAGACUUCAAAAUUCGACCAACCGAGCAUGCAUUUAUGUCGGCAAUUGGACAAGGAUCUCUGUCGCUGGGAUAGCCGCCUGGCAGCGUCGGUGACGGAGUACUCGAUUGCGGAACUAACCACACAGAAGGGAAAUGAGACUCCUGUUCCAUCCACUGCAAAUAGGAACGGCCAAGCCCUGAAUCAGUCGACCGCGAUUGGGCCUAAGUUGUAUAUUCUCGGCAGUCGAGUCUUACUGCAACGCAUGGCGAUGCGGGUGAUACAACAGCUUCAGCCGACGACUGAUUACUAUGCUGAUUACUAUUGUUGGCCACUUUUCGCUAUUGGGAUAAAUUUAUGCUCUUCGAGUGACCGGGAUUUGCUCAUAGCUCAGGCAUCGGCAUUUUGGAAAGCCACGAAUAAUCCGACGAUGAGACGGGUUGUUGAUAUGCUACGUGUUUAUUGGCAGUCCCAUGAUGAGCUGGUCGUCGGAUGA